UCCUCUUCUGAGAAGGACGUGGCACCAUUUACAUCUCUCUCCUUCUUCUUCUUCAAAAAUCUCUUUUGAUCCUCUUUUGUCUUCCUCUUCCGUAUAAUCAUACCCAGUCUGUCUAUACACUGAUACCCGGACACACACGUCAUUAGAAGAGGAGAGAGAAUUUUGGAGAGAGAGAGAGAGCAAUGGCGUGUAGACUACCAACACAGCUGGCGACCACCCCUGGCUCUGUCGAUUACCAUGCCCAUCCACUACUAAUCAAAACGCCGUCCCAUCUCCCCUGCCGCCACGCUUUAUCCCCCAUCCGCCUCGGGCGGAGAAGAUGUUAUGUGCAACCACCAUUGAUAAGAUGUGCAGCGGCGGCGGCAGCAAAUCUAGCACCGGGGACGCCGGUGAGGGGGACGAGCAUAUUAGUAGUGGGGGCCACGGGGACACUUGGAAGGCAGAUAGUGAGGAGGGCAUUGGACGAGGGCUACGACGUCAGGUGUCUCGUCCGCCCUAGACCCUACCCGGCCGACUUCCUCCGUGAUUGGGGCGCCACCGUCGUCAACGCAGACCUAAGCAAACCAGAAACUAUCCCGGCAACACUGGUUGGCGUUCAUACAGUCAUUGACUGUGCUACUGGGCGUCCAGAAGAACCCAUUAAAACUGUAGAUUGGGAAGGAAAAGUUGCUCUAAUACAAUGUGCAAAAGCAAUGGGAAUACAAAAGUUUGUAUUCUUUUCCAUCCACAACUGUGAUAAGCAUCCUGAAGUUCCAUUGAUGGAAAUCAAGUACUGCACUGAGAAGUUUAUUAAGGACUUGGGCCUAAACCACAUCAUUAUCCGGUUAUGUGGCUUCAUGCAGGGUCUAAUUGGGCAGUAUGCAGUUCCUAUCUUAGAAGAGAAAUCUGUAUGGGGAACUGAUGCUCCUACGCGAAUAGCUUACAUGGACACUCAGGAUGUAGCUCGAUUGACAUUUAUAGCUUUGCGAAAUGAAAAAGUGAAUGGGAAGCUUCUCACGUUUGCUGGUCCUCGUGCAUGGACUACUCAAGAGGUGAUAACUCUGUGCGAAAGGCUAGCAGGACAGGAUGCAAACGUUACUACAGUGCCCGUCUCAGUUUUGAGAGUAACUCGUCAAGUUACUCGAUUGUUUGAGUGGACGAGUGAUGUCGCUGACAGAUUGGCAUUUUCAGAGGUGCUUUCAAGUGAUACCGUUUUCUCGGUCCCUAUGAGUGAGACAUACGGUCUCCUUGGUGUAGAUGCAAAAGAUGUCGUGACACUGGAGAAAUAUUUGCAGGAUUACUUCACAAACAUAUUGAAGAAACUGAAGGACAUGAAAGCACAAUCGAAGCAGGCUGACAUUUACUUCUGAAGAAUAUACCUCUCCGCCAAGGUGCAUGAAGUUGUAGUGUACGCAUUGACUUGUUUGAUAGUGCUACUAUGUUUGUAUCACUCCCCUUUGCAAAAAAGAAAAAGAGAGGAAUAUGCCCAUUCAUUCAUUAAGAAAUUUGCUUCCCUUUGGUA